CAUCGAAUCCAAACAGCAGUUCCCAAAACAGUAGUGGUAAGGUGGCGGCUGAGUGAGCAACGUCACAGUUACUGCUAGUGCUCGAUUGGCUUGUUAGAGUGUGUGAGAAAUAAAAACAGUGCAAGGGUUGAUGUCACGGAUUAAACAACAACAAUAACAAGAUUGAAAAUAUGAAAUUAGUUCCGGGCCCUCUGCCGCCGAUUCCUACAAGCACUUCGAUGGAUCGUCUCGCCUUGCCUUUGCCCUUCAGCCCCGACUCGCUCCUGUGGCGGUACCCGCUCGGGUUCGCCUCAAUUGGGGCCCAACAGCCCCCUUCUUCACCCCUGUUGGACUACAAAAGCCAACUACCGUCAAACCUAGCCUCGGACCCGAGAGUUUGGUCACGAGAAGACGUUGCCACGUUUCUACGCUGGGCUGAACGUGAAUUCGACCUGCAGCCCAUCGACAUGGACAUGUUCCAGAUGAACGGCAAAGCGAUUUGUCUCUUGACCCGAACGGACUUGGCCGAGAGAGCCCCAGGUUCGGGCGACGUCCUCUACAACGUGCUCCAGCUCCUGGUCAGGGAUGCCAACAACUUGCAGCGAAUGUUGCCGUCCAGUCCAGUCACCCCUACCUCACGUCACCCCUAUCCCUUAUCGCCACACUCGCAUCCUCCAACCCCUAAUUGGAAUAUCCUAGCUCAGAACAGUGAUCCGUUCCAUCCCUCGCAUGCUGCGUCCCUCGCCGCACACUUGAUGGCUCAGAGCAAUUCGGUGACUUUGAGUCCAGCGCCCUCUGUGGAUAGCCAAGCCGGCAGCCCCCAACAUGCCGAUAAUCCGCAAACGUUCGGCCAUUCCAUUUUCAGUACAGGGGCGAGUAACGGAAGCGGAAGCAACCCGUCCGAUUCGGACGAAGAUGGAUACGAGAAAAACGGACAGACCGGAAGUCCCCCGAACACGCCCAGUGCGUACUCGCUGCCGCCACCACUGCCACAUGGGGCCCCCAGGAGUCCGAAGGAGGUUGCGGGGAGUCCCGGGGUGUUCAAGGCUGUGGGGAGGGAGUUUUUCCCGAAUGAAUCUCCAGAACCCAACACAAAUGGGCGUUUGUUGUGGGAUUUCCUCCAACAACUCCUCAACGACCCAGCUCAACGUUACACCAAUUACAUCGCCUGGAAAAACCGUGAUACUGGCGUGUUCAAAAUCGUUGAUCCGGCUGGAUUGGCCAAGCUUUGGGGCAUCCAGAAGAAUCACCUUUCAAUGAACUACGACAAAAUGUCACGUGCCUUGCGGUAUUACUACAGAGUGAAUAUUUUAAGGAAAGUGCAAGGAGAGCGACACUGCUACCAGUUUUUGCGCAACCCGACCGAGCUGAAGAACAUCAAGAACAUCUCGUUGUUGCGGCAAAUGUCGCCGACAAAUCUGAAGCCUCCAGCGCAGAUCGUCCCCAGUGUGACCAUCAAGCCGGAGCCUGUGGAGAGUGAAAGCGAGACAAAUCGGGGUGAUUAUGACGAGAAACCGACCGAUUUGAGCAUAACAAUGGAGGGGCCCACCGACUUGAGCAGUAGUAGCCGACAUGUGAACAUAAUCUGUUCGCCGGAUCCGCCCAUACCGCCCCAGCAUCACUAGCGACAGUGACAAUAACGUGCAUUAUUAGUGACAAUACUGGUGCCAAUAUUUAUAAGACUUGUGCAAAGGAAUAGUGAUGAUAAAAAAUGUGUAUAUAGUUAAUUUUUUAAGAAGAAGAAUAAAAAUAUAUUUUGGAUUUUUAAAGCGGAGGGCUUUAGAAAUCUUUCAUACGCAUGUGCCAAAAUAAAUUAUUUUUUCAUUUGGUCACGAGGGUGACUGCCGAAGGCAGCUUUUUGGGUGAUCCUCAAGCAAUGACAAUAAGUAAAUUCAAUGUACAAAGAAGUUGGACUGGAAGGAAAUUGAUUUUUGUACCACAUUCCAAACUUGCGGCAUUUGCCCCUUUCACAUGGAAAAUUCACGCGUGGCUGAACUGGUUCCAGUUCUAUUUCUGUGAUCUCUUAAUGUUUGACUCAAUUUUUUGUGUGAUUUUAAAAAGAAUGUAUAAUGCUUUAUGUAUUCUGUACAUAUUUUUACGCAUAUUCAAAGAUAAUAGUCUUAAGUUUGUAAGGGUGGAUAACCUAAUGGCUUUAUUUUUAAACGAGAAUCGAAUUUUGUGUCAAUUGGUAUAUUGUUCCCAUGUUAUCAGUUUUGUACAUAUGUUAUAAAUUAGCAACCUUCAAAUACAACGCUGUCCUAAUAUGUUUUGUAUGAGAAUUUAUUGUUAACGAAGAUAUGACAAGUUUGAAUAUACCUUUACAGCAAUCCA